AUGCCUCAUCCCGCUGCCUUCUUCUUCGUCGUCGACGCGCCUCAUUCCACCGCCUUCCCUGUCGCCGGCGCGCCUCAUCCCACCGCCUUCCCUGGCGCUAGCGCGCCCAUUCCCACGGCCUUCCCCACCGCCGGCGUGCCCCUUCCCGCACUGAGCCGCCGGAUCCAGGCCUUUGCGGGCCCGUGCUAUUCUCCACUGCCGAAUCCACGCAGCGUCUCUCCGAGCAGCUCCAGCCACUCCGCGCUGCCGCCGCUGGGAUCCACCUCCUCUCAUCUCACCUGCCACAGCCUCACCACCUCCUCCCGCCCACCCGCCCCAACCCUGAACGCGAUGCCCCCCACCGCCGGAGCCAGGGCGCAGCGGCCUGUCUUCACGCCUCGCUUCCACAUCCUGCCGGCGCAGUCUGGGUCGACCAUCAUGCCAGCGACCUGCUACAUACCAAACUCAGAUCUGGCAUCACCGGCCUCGGAUCUGGCCACCCUGGCCGCGUCACCCCUCCUCAUCUCGCCGCAGUUCGCCAUCAUCAGACGGGAACCCCCUGCAUGCCAUUGA